AUGGACGACUUCAGGAACACUAUUGAGCGUCUCUUUAUAGAUGCUGAUGGUAAUACCAAGCUCGAGGUGUUGUACACCAACGAGCCCUACAAGGUGGAGGAGAUUCUUACUCUCUAUGAGGAAUGGCUGCGUGAGGACAGGUACAAGUUUGUUGGUCUUGAUCUAGAGUACACACGAGACGAUUAUUUUGAUCGUAGUAGAAAAGUUGCCGUUAUGCAACUGGCGAUGCGCAAGCAUGUUCUUGUCUAUCACUUGUGCAAGGCUAGGACGGAGUGCGCUGCUCUGAAGGAUUUCCUUCGGAACAAAGGUAUAAUUUUCGCUAGUGUCGAUGUCAGGAACGAUAGGGAUGUUCUCGCAAACAGUUACCUCAAAAUCCCAAGAGAGUGUCACAUCGACCUUCAAGAGGAGCUCAUGAUCAAAGGAGGCAAUCUAAGGGAUUCCAUGGCAGAUUUGGCAGGAGCCGUCAUAAACAAAUCUUACUUGAGUAUGAAGUUGUCUUUUCCACAAGGUCUGCAUGACUACUGGGAAUGGAAGCCGCUUUCCCUUGAACACCUGAAAUAUGCGGCAAUUGAUGGGUAUUUCAGCUACGAGCUCUACCGCCGAGUUCUGUCUAUGAAGGAGAUGAUGCAUCCUCGUUGUCUUCCCGACCACGGACGCCGUUGA